UCUCUUCGAGGUGGAAAACAACCACUAUCACAAUUAUCACGACGACUUUCUGAAAAUCAGAAUUUUAUUUCUGAAGAAUAUAUUUUUAAUUGUAAAUUAAAACAUCAACAUAAAUGUGGACCACUUAUUGCUGGCAUGGAAAGCUCUUCGAAUUUAUAGAAGAGAACACUGUCGAAAUUAUCCUUUCUUCCUGGAUAUCAUCUAAUAAUAAAACAGCAUUAUGGCCUAAAGAUAUAACUCCAUCAAUCCUAAGAAAAUACUUGAAAAACAAUACUGUACCCAAUGAUAAUUGGAGCUCUGUUAAUAUAAAAGUAUUGGGACAUACAGAUAGUUUUGCUAAUGCUACAAAAAAAGCAUAUAAAGCAGAAGAAACGUCUCACUUGAGCAACAGUGAUUCUGAUUUAGAAACAUAUUGUACAACGAAACGACAGAAGAAAUUACCACUUCGAUAUCAAAGCAAUUCCGAUGAUGAAGAUGUAGCAUUAGAAAAACAGCACGUGCAUUCAACGAAACGAACUAAACAUUCUGUUCUUCCACCUUUUCCCGAAUAUGAAG